AUGUCUCUGGCUAAAUCUGCUGCCAAUAAACUGGACUGGGCUAAAGUUAUAACUUCAUUGAAGAUCACGGGGAAGACUGCCACAGAACUAUCUAGUUUCAAGAAGAGAAAUGAUGAAGCUCGUAGGCAAUUACUAGAAUUACAACAACAACCAGUGGCUGUUGAAUUUAAUCAGUAUCGUUCUCUAUUGAAGAAUCAAGCUGUAAUUGACCAAAUUGAGGGGUUCUGUAAGGCUUACACUCCUGUUACUAUUGAUAGCUCCAAACAGAUCCGUACAAUUGAGUCCUUCCAACAGCAUGCACUAGCCAACGCAGAGGCUACAGAGAAACUAGUCAACCAUGAAUUGGCUACAUUGAAGGAGACUUUACAAAACAUUGAAAAUGCUAGACCAUUCGACGAAUUGACUGUCGAUGAUUUAGUCAAGGCCAAGCCAGAAAUUGACGCUAAGGUUGAAGAGAUGGUUAAGAGAGGUAAAUGGGAAGUACCUGGCUAUGCUGAGAAGUUCGGUGGUUUGAAUGUCAUGUAG